AUGUCACCUCCGCGAGAGACAGAUGGAGAGGCUGCAGGGAGUGGCGCCGAUGCGGCCCAAGAGGCCGAGAAACGCGCGAGCUUUCCUGGAAGCAAGGACCAGAAUAAAGCCGCGUCCACGCGCGCACCAAACCCACGUAGCUGCGUGGUCUGUCGGAGCCGGAAAGUCCGAUGCGAUAAAUUGUCGCCUUGUUCAAAUUGUCGUCGCGGGAAUAUCGCCUGCAUUUAUCCGUCUGGAGAUCGUCCACCGAGAUGGGUCCGGCGUCUUGAGCGCCCUGUUACUGGGGAAGUCAUGGAGAGACUUCAUCACCUCGAAGGCCUUGUAAAGGAGUUGACUGGUCAAUUGGAACAGGCUCAUGCCGCGGCUAAGUCUUCGGCUGCGUCGUCGAAUUCCCCUAGUAGCUCCACCCACGACAAUGAAUUUGGUGCGCAGGGGCAUACUGCCUUUGUAGAGUCAGAUAACGUGUCAAAUAAAUUCGGCAGAUUGGCUCUUAAUGACGCUAGCCGAAGUCGCUAUGUCGGGAGUGGCUUCUGGUCGUGGGUCAAUGAUGAGAUUGGUGAGCUGAAGACAGAAACUGGCAAUCUUGCGGCCGGAGGAUAUGAUUCCUCAGAUGACGAGAUGUCUUCUUCAAUGACUCCAUCUACCCAGGAGCUGGGACGAACGCCAUCUGACCGGCAAGCAUUCAUAUUUCGACACAAUUUGAAUCCUUCCGCUCCCGAUAUUAGAGAAUUUCACCCAUUGCCAUCGCAAAUACCAUUUCUGCUCAAUGUGUUCUCUGAAAAUGUGAACUCAAUUGCUCAGAUCGUUCACAUGCCCAGUACCAGCAAGAUGAUCAGUGAGCUACGAGGCGACAUGUCGAAGCUCACGCCGUCUAAUGAAGCUUUGAUGUUCUCCAUAUACUAUGGCGCCGUAACUUCCAUGGAGGAAGAAGACAUCAUGAUAAAUUUUGGGGUUUCAAAACAACACCUAAACCUGAAAUAUCGGCUUGGACUUGAACAUGCCUUGGCCAAGGCCGACUUUCUCAACGCACCAGACCUAACUCUGGUACAAUCUCUUGCUAAUUUCCUUCUUCUCGCUCGAAGACACGAUAGCCCCAGAUAUGUAUGGAUGAUGACAGGCAUUGUGAUUCGCAUGGCACUUGCUCUUGGUCUUCAGCGUGAUGGCUCCGAAUUUGGAUAUCUAACUCCAUUUGAGAUUGAGAUGCGCCGAAGAGUCUGGUGGGGUCUAUGCAUGAUCGACGUGAGAGCAUCAGAAGAUCAAGGGACAGACUACACCAUCGCCCUGGGCAGCUUCGAUACAAAAAUGCCUCUCAAUAUAAACAGUGCCGACAUCAGCCCUGAAUCCAAAGAGUUUCCACCUGAGCACGAAGGCCUGACCGAUAUGUCUUUGACACGGGUCAACUUUGGAAUCGUCGAUGUCUCAAAACAAAUGGUAGUUCAGAGCUCUAAGUCAACAAGCCUAGAGGAACAAAGUCGUUUCUUAGAUGAGAUAUAUCAUCGCCUCCAGGUUGGCUUCCUCCAAUUUCAAAAAGACCCAGAGUCAAACAUCAUGUACUGGACUGCCGUCGCUAUCACUCGUCUUGUGGUUGGGAAAAUGACCCUACUGGUCUUUGUGCCUGUACUCUUCGGAUCGCCAAAUGAAAAACUCACCGAAGAGUUAAGGAACAAGCUGCUUGUUUCGGCAAUUGAAAUUGCCGAGUACAACCACGCCUUGAAUGCUGAGCCAGCUUGUCGACAAUGGCGAUGGGUUUUCCAAACAUACACGCACUGGUACGCUAUUGUAUACAUUCUGCUUGAGAUUUCACGGUGUGCGUGGUCACCCAUUGUGGAGAGAGCGUGGGUAGCUCUUCACAGCAUCUGGCUGAUACCAGCUCAAUCACACAUGAGCAAGAACCUUCGUAUCUGGGUUCCUUUGCGAAAAUUAAGAAUAAAAGCCCAGCAACAUCGUGAGUCUGAAUUAAAUAGACUGAGGGGUGAUCCUACUGCUGCGAGGGAGCUUGAGAGGCAAGAUAGGGAAAUCCAACAGCCUUCAAGCCCUGGUUCUUUCCCCGAUAAACGCGAUUCAAGAGACGUCUUCGUGAACAGAUGGCGGCAGCUGCUAGCCAAUCCGAAAUCGGUUGUUAAUAGCACCGGUGAAGCCAUAAAUUCGCUUGUUUCGUCCGUUCACAUGCCAAAUACUGUCGAGUUCAGCUCAGAAAUCGCCGUCGAGCCGAUGCACCAUGAGGAAGAAGGUUAUCAGCCAAAUGAAAACGUGUCAUGGUUGAGAUCGAACUCUACGAACUAUGGUGAUGCACAAACCGGCCUAGAACUCAAUCCAAGCAUCAUUCCUUGGCUUUGGGCAGAUGAUGGUCUUUCAAACUCGACCAUGGAUUCAAUCAAUAUGAAUAUGGACCUUGAUGGUAGUGACGUGGACUGGUACAACUGGGUUGAAAGUGCUCAAGGCAUGGAACUAAACUUUGGUUCAAAUGGAUAUGAGACAUCUCGAUAG